AUGGGUGUUGAAGGUCGAAAAGCUCCUCCCCUCCCCGCGCCCACCGAAACCGACACAAAUACUGGAGGCAGUGAGAUAGGCUCGAGGGUGACAGAGAAGAGUCAAUAUAUCCUGCCAGAGGACGGCAGCCCCGUCACCAUCGCAACACGGCGCCGAGGUGAAAAGGACGGACUGGGCGGUUUAACAUCGAGCAAGUCGCAAACAUCCUUGUUAAUCGAAUAUUUCGAAGGUGGGAAAGAGGGAAAGUCUGAUUCUCGACGGCCUUCUGUCAGAGUCAAGGUCACGCCAUCAUCAAAAAGCAAAGGUCGAUCAACAAAUGACCAUAUCCAAAUCACCGAGCGUAAAGGCACUCGCAAACCUUCCUACACAAAACGAAUUCAAUUAUCGCCCAACGUGCGCAGUGACAAGUCAAUAGAUGUGGAAGGCGACGACCUCAGUGUGCAUUCAUACCGAUCAGCGACAGAAGAGUCAAACGUCACCUCUCGAAGUGGUCGACCAAUUGAGGUUGAAAUAAUGCCUAGGCGACAUGGAAGUCCUCUUAUUCCCACGGCCGAAUCGAGCUCGAAAUACAUGCAACACAACGCCUCUGAUAUUUCUUCCAUGCCAGCGGACAGCUUCUUAGACGGACGAUCGCCAGAAAGAACUCGCAGCCAUAGUCUAUCGGCAGGCGAGGCUUUAGGGGCUGGCGCUAUCGCUGGAAUGGCUGCUGGUGCAGUGGCAGAGAAAUUGCGGACACCUUCUCGUCGCCGAAGUAGAAGUUUGAGCAGAGAGCGAGAGCGCAUUGUAGUAAAGAAAGCAGCAGAGAAAGUGCGCAGUGAGAAGAAGCCCGAACGUACACGCAAACACCGGAGUCGAAGUCGCAGUGUGAGUGGCGACCAUGGUGAAGGUAUAAAAUCCCCGCGACGCAGGUCAAGUCGGAGUCAUCAUGAGGAGUCUCUGGUUUCUGGUGCCGAUUCUAGUUUACUUAAUUCUCACCUUAGCGGGAAGUCCGGUGACGCCUAUUCUUUCAGGUCUGGCACCUCAAAGUCUUCUAUUAAUAACCCGAAGCUACUCGAGACCGUCGAGGACGCUAUUCGACGUCUCAUUCUACCAGAGUUGACAGCCCUGAAGAGAGAGCAGAGUAAACGGAGCACACACGGGGAGAGAGAUCGCAGGGGAUCGUUCACAUCAGGAAGUGGAGUUUCCAGGGAUUCGAGAGACGAAAGCUCAAGCGGGCGGCGACAGUCUGACCGAGGGAGUGGAACAGACUUAUCUAGUCGGCCAAAGGUUACGCUAAAUGACAAGGAAGUACUUUCUGGAAAUUCAAUCAAGGGUCGGAGUAAUAGGAGCAUCGAGCGGGUGAAGACUGAAGAUUCGCCUCGCAACUUUGAACGAGGCUCUUCCGAAGAGACAGCCAUUCAGGAUGGCGAGCGAGUGCGAAAGAAGCGCAGUGGGCGUGGACUCGAAACUGCGGCUAUUGGAGCUGGAGUUGGGGCAUUGACAGCUGCCGCUUUACACAAACACCAAUCUCAAGAUUCGCUGGAUGAAAAGAAGGAGCGUCGCCGAAGGAGGGCGAAGAGCCAUGGACGGACGGAAAGCACAACCGAGAGCUUCGAAGAGACGCGGCGAGAGCUUGCACCACCUAUGCCACUCAUGAGCGCGAUCAACUCAUCAGAGAUCACUCGUAGCUCGAUACUAUCCGCAGAGACCGAUCGACCACAUUCAGCGAGCCAAGAGCACCGAGUGACACAAAUCAAGGAAGUGCCUCGAGGUGUUGGUUCUCCAUCUUCACUCACUCCUACAAGGACACCAGUCGCUCUGCAGCAUGGCCUAGGAACCCAGCACUCAAAUUUCUCACGAGGUAACUUGAGCCUACAUAGUCAGCACAGCGAGCAACAACUGCGCACCGAGGAAUACGAGCUUGAUGAGCAUGGUCGCAAAAUUCCCAUGCAUAGCUCCUCCCCAGAUGAAGACCAAGAGUCUCUGGUUGAAGAAACACAUACGAACACUCAUUCGCAUGCAUUGGCCGCUGGUUUAGCGGGCGCUACUCUUGGGGCUGGUGGCAUGCAUGCAUAUAAUCACGAUCAAGCUGAUGAGGAUCAUGAGGAUUCUGAGCUUAUGGAAGACGAGGAUCGGCAUUACUAUCAGAAUACCCAAGAAGUUCCACCCCCAUUACGCUACGUACCUUACGGCCACGAGAGACGUGGAUUAAGUCCCAUUCAAAGUGUAUCAGGCUACACUGAAGGAGACCCAGAGAUACAAAGAUCGUCACGAUUGACUCAUAGUACUGGUUCGUACUCUUCGCUGAACAAAUCUGUCCACCAAAAAUCUCCUGGUAGAUCUCCUGGAAGAUCUGUCAAGUCAAGCGAAUCUCUUGGAAAUGUCCAUCAAAAUCGCCAUGAUUUCGCUGAAGUCCGACAAGGAGGCCUGACUGACUCUGAGCUCACCCAAGAUGGCGAGUACUGGGAAGAACAACAUCAAGAAAAUGACCGAAAUCGUGAGCUUGAUGCCGAAAGUUACAGAAGCUCUGAUCCUCGAGUUGACUACAAGCAUCUGACAAACUACACUGAUGAUAGUAUGGAUAUCGAUCGCGUCGCGGCUGGUCAAAACGUCCGCGGUGUCGGUCAAAAUGCAGAAUAUGUCCAUUCACCUGUUGCAGUCGAGUCUGCGGUUGCGUCCCUGGUCAAUGCAUCAGAGCUAACACACAUGUCUGCCUACUCUGGCAACAAUGGCAAAUACGAUCGUAAAGGAUCAUAUGCAUCAUACGACGAUGGCUCGGAGAGGCACUUCACUACCAGUCGUGGUAACAGUCCUACUAAACAUGAUGUCCAGCGCGACGUUGAGUACCACGGAUCGGAUCAUGGAACUUCAAGCCAGAGAAAUAGUCCUACUAAAUACAGCGAGUAUGAGCUUGACGAAGAGGGACGAAAAGUCACAAUGCCGCAAUACAAAUCGAACACCACAGACAAGCUCGCAACGGCGGGUAUGGCGGGAAUUGCUGCCGGAGCUGCAGCGGCUGUUCUAAGACAGCGAAACCAAGAGUCGGAGGCAGAUCAAAUACAGUACGAGGAUCGUCAAGAGCACACUGGUGCACCGUUGCAGAAAUCGUUCAAGGAGCGUGCGCUUGAAGGACAGGGACAAAUUCCUUCCCCACGGCAAAGCAUUGAUACAAGCCUGAGUGAAACUGCCAGCCACGAGCAGCUGAAGAUGGGUGCAAGUGGUCUUCCAGAUAUAAAUGACCCUAUGCCCGAGAUAGGCUAUCAUGACGAUGUUUCGGAUGUAACGACCAAUCCAUCCAUAAUCAAAGGACCAAUUGGUGGUCUCACUACUGGAACCAAGGAACGCUGGAUGGGCAGUGGAACGCCCCCUAGGCUUAAUAGCGCCAUGUCUGAUCGAAGUCGGAAUUCAGAUAGAAAUCUCAAGGCCGCAGAAGCUGCUCUGCUUGGGGCUGCAGCUGGUGCUGGAGGUGCUGCGGCUUUGGCAGCCCACAACAGAGAGACUGGUCAUGACCACGAGGAGGAGUGGCAGAGGACGUCAGGGGAGCGAAAACGUGAUACUCUUGUCACCAACCCAUACGAAGGCACGAGCCCAAUUGCUGCUAUCGGUGGACCCCUUGACACCGGUCUACUACACCGGUCAAGUUUCCAGGGUGGUGAUUAUGGGCCACCCAAGAUGGGUUAUACUAGUCCAGCAAAGGACGAAGGGUAUAUGUCUUCCGCCCCCAAUAAUGCCAGAUCUCCUGGCGCCUUCACACCUGAGCAGAGGACAAAAGGAGUUGGAUUUAUGAAUGAUGAGAUCAAUGACACAGCUGAUGCUCUUGGUGGUGGUGAUCCUUUCUAUACGCCAAAGCAUGCCCGACACUUGAGUGGUAUGUCGCAUGGAAUGGGUUCACCUAUUUAUGACAGUGCGACUGGCAAUGGAAUGGACCGGAUACAGUCAAAGGACAUUGUCGCAUUGAUGGACCAUCUCACUGUUCGUGACGCUCAACGAAGUGCUCGUGAUACGGAAAUUCUUGUGACGCUUGUACGCGCUGCUGCAGAGAUGCGAAAUUCAUUCGAAGACAUGAAACGUUUACUGGCCGACACAGAAGACGUUAUCAUCACCGAAGUUCAAGGCAAUACUGAGAAAUCUGUCCAGAAGGUCAUCAACGGGCCAAGACCACUACCUCAGAGCGCGCCUCGCUCGUUGCGACAGGGCUCUCAAGACGAGAUGUUUGAUGAUAUUCCAAACAAGAAGAAGAACGUGUUCCGAAGAGCGUUGAAAGGGCUUAGCAUGAGAAGCACGAACGAUAUCGGAAAGAUUGAGGACAUGCUUGUCACGUUAUUGGGAGAGGUGGAGGGUCUCAAAGCCGCUCAAGGUCUUAAGACUGAUACUGGCGACAACUACAGCGAAUCUCAGCAGGAGGGGAAUUAUGAACAUGACCGUGGUUACGAACCCGAGGGUAACGCGGGUACAUCAACUGCAAGUCACGCAAGCCAGUCAGGUCAUCUUUCUAUUCCAGGAUCACGGGGACCUAGCGCAGCCAGAGGAUUUGAUACCCGUAAAUUCUCGGAUCAUCGAAUCAGCACAGUUCCAGAAGGUAGCGACGAAGACGAAGUUGACAACCGCGAUAUUGACCUCGAACCCCAUGAACAAGCUGUUUUAAUAACUCAAUUCGAGAACAACGACCGCCUUCGAACACCUACCCAGGAGUCUCAUCGGGGAAGUUCAGCUCCAUUAGGUACACCUCCUCAGCAAAAUGUUGCUCCAGCCUCGCUAAGCAACGAAAACACGCCGCGGACGGAUAAAAGUAAGAAGCACAAAUCAAGCAGCUCAUCUGGUUGGAUACCAAAAGUAUCUCGCUGGUCUGAGACUACCACAUCCACACUUUUCCGAGGAUUCCGCAGUAGUGGUCGAAGUAGUGGUAAGAAGGGUGAUGAACAAUUCGAAGAACAACCUUCGAGAUCUGGGUCAGAUUCGGGCGAUUAUGCUGAGAAGACCGGACACGAUCCCUAUGGCGAUGACAAACUUCAUUCUGGAUUUUCACAAGAACAGGUGCAGCAGUACGACGAGAACGAGUCUCCCUCACUCUUGCCACCUGAGGAUCCAAAAUACAAAGCCCAUCGAAAUUCUUUGAACCUUCAACACCCUCAACCACGCCCAGGUCCAACUCACAGAUAUCAGACCGCUCUUGAGUAUCAAGCUCCCUUUUACGACCAGCCAAUGUCACCUACUUCCCUUGACUGGGGUUCUUCCACAAGUGUCAAUCGUUUACCAGCUCAAAAAGCCAACCGAUACAGUACUGGGACCAACAAUACUGAUUUGUCACCUGUUUCCGAUGGUGGCUACCCAAACACGGCAUCAUUAAAUCAAGCCCCUGCCCGACCACCAAAAGAACCUUUAACACCAGAACGACCACCAAAAAUCCGUACCGGCAAGCUCCAGAAGCCAAGUCCUCUCAGCCGUGAACAUCUUUCGCCCGAGCCCAAGGCAUUCGAGGAAUAUGAACAAGGUGGUUCUCCCAGAUCUGCCGCCCGAAAGCUUUCCGGUGCUAUGGGUGGUGUACCAACGAGAAAACCUACCGGUCCAAGGAGUAUGAGUAGUGCAUCUAGAAGUGGUGAAGGAUUAAAUAGAGAUGAAACAGUCAUUCGCAGAAAUAAAAACCGAGACACAUUCGGCACAGUCGCAAGUCAUAAUAGCGGAGAGUCUGAAACUUUUUAA